UAGAUAUAGGAAAAAAGAUUCUAUCCCGAGUUGGAUUCUGUUUUGAUUGCAGCCACACUUGGUGAGCGAAUUUCUUUUCCUGAAAGCUAAAAAUAUUUCUUCCCCACGCCCCCCCAUUCCGGGAGUCCCUUAUCGCACCUGUGCCAGGGGAGGAAGCAGGAUGUGACUACACUCGUUUUCCGAGCUGCUUUAAGGGUCACUUCCUGGCUGGAUCCCAGGUCUUACCAGUGCGGAUUAGCUGGAAGCCCGGACCCCUCGGUCAAUGAUCUACCCUGGGAUUGUUUGCUGCCGCUGUAUGGAAACCCUCAAAGGUUCAGCCUGGCCAGGGUGCUCGUCUUUGCCUCACAGCAGCCGAGAGUGGGUCUCUGGCCCGAGGGGGUGCCGGUGGGACUUGCUGAUGUCACCGUGAAUUCCUGAGGGAGAACUGGAACUGACUGUGUGAACGGCUUUGCUUGUGUGACAAUGGGAUCGACAGCAGAGAGCUACGUCAAGGAGUUCACGCGACAUUCCACGGACAUGAUGCUCAACCUGAACGAGAUGCGGAAGCGGGAGAUCCUGACCGAUGUCAAGGUGCUGGUGGAGGGCCAGGAGUUCAGAGCGCACAAGGCCGUGCUGGUGGCCUGCAGUGGCUUUUUCUAUUCCAUCUUUUCGGACCAGACGAAGAGGCAUGUGAACCUGCUGACGCUGCCCCGUGGGGUGACUGCGGGGGGCUUCCACCUGCUGCUGGAGUUCAUGUACACGUCCUGCCUGCCGCUGGAGCUGGCCUCGGUGGCCGAGGUCCUCACUGCUGCCAGCUACCUGCAGAUGGAACACGUGGUUGAGACCUGUCGGAGCUUUGCCCACUUCAGGGCCCCCCUCAGCCGCACCUUCCUCAAGUCUCCGGAGGCGCCGCCCGCCGGCCACCCGCUGCCCUUCCUGCCGCCCGCUUCCCUGUUCCCGGGCCGGCCCCUGGCCCCGCCGCUCGGCGGCUGCGGCCUGCUGCCGGACUCCGCCUUCCGCUUCACCGCCGGCUGCCAGGCGGACGGCGGCGGCCGCCGCAGCGCCUGGCUCAGCGCUUACCAGGGCCCGGGGGCCGGGCUGGGCGCCCGGGCCGCCGCCCGCGGCACAGACGCCGGGAAGCCGGCGGCCUCGGGCGGGGAGAGCGGCAAGCCGUCGCCGCCGGUGCCCGACAGCCCGCAGCGCUCCGACUGCCGGCCCAACUCGCCCACCGAGUCCAAGAGCGCCGGGCUGGAGCGCAGCCCGCCGCCGGCCGACCCGGCGCCCACCCCGGGGCCGCCGCCCGACCCCAAGGCCUGCAACUGGAAGAAGUACAAGUUCAUCGUGCUCAACUCGCUGAACCAGGCCGGCGAAUCCCGGCCGCAGCCCCGGCCCGAGGCCCGCGGCCGCCGCAGCCCCAGCAGCCCGGAGCUGGAGGCCGAGGAGGAGGCGACCCAGAGCGAGGAGGCCAGCCGGUCCUCGUCAGACUCUCGGGAGUCACAAAACUACUCCGUCUGUUCGGUGUGUGAGUUGCACUUCCAGCACACCUCGGAACUGUGCCACCACAUCCUGGACUCGCAUCCCGGAGAGGAGAUCCCAGAAUAUCAUUCGGAAUUCUCUGACAGCGGAUCAGAGAAUGGCCUCUUCUCCUGCCGUGCCUGCCAGCUGAAGCUGUCAGAUGAGGAGUCUCUGCAGCAGCACUUCCUGCAGGUCCACAGUGAUGACAAGCCCUACAAGUGCGACAUGUGCCGUGCUGCGUUCCGCUACAAGGGCAACCUGGCCAGUCACAAGACCAUCCACACAGGGGAGAAGCCCUAUCGCUGCAACGUCUGCGGAGCCCAGUUCAACCGGCCGGCCAACCUGAAGACCCACACGCGCAUCCACUCCGGGGAGAAGCCUUACAAGUGCGAGACGUGCGGGGCGAGGUUUGUGCAGGUUGCUCACCUUCGGGCUCAUGUCCUGAUCCACACUGGGGAGAAGCCAUAUCCGUGUGAAACGUGCGGGACACGUUUCCGACACCUUCAGACACUGAAGAGCCACAUCAGGAUCCACACUGGAGAAAAGCCAUACCAUUGUGAAAAGUGUGACUUGCACUUCCGACACAAGAGCCAGCUGCGCUUGCACUUGCGGCAGAAACAUGGGGCCGUCACCAACACCAAAGUCCGCUACAAGGUGGUCCCUGAACUCUGCCGAGCCCCGCUGCAGUCCUGCUAGAGGCAGGGCCCCGGGGGCCUGUCCCACGGGACACAUCAGCAUGCCAACCAUUCCCAUCGGAGCCACUCCCUCGGGACACAGCCUCGCCUUCCCCGCCCAGGGAUUUGGGCCGCUGGUUGUACAAUUGCUCCUUUCAGUCCCGGGAAGCGUCAGGAGCAGGAUUGAACUGUUGGGAGGGCGGGCGUCCUGGGAAGUGUUUGGGGUGAUGGGGCAGGGCUCGGCUGGAGGCUGUUACACUGUGUGGUGCUGGGGUUCGGGUGGGCUUUGUGGAGAAAGCUUGGCUGCUGUGUUAAUAGGUGGGUGCUCGAGAAGGGUGGGUGGGGAGGGGGGUGGGCUUGGGUUUGCCUUGAUAGCAAGGGGUCCCCAGGGCGGGGAUCGGGGGGGUCAGGGAGAGUGGGAAAUGGGGCUCCUCGCCCAGUCUGUUGCUGAGUUUACCCCAUUGGCCUGUGGGUGACGUGACUGCAGGAAGGUUACGGAGGCAGCAGGAUUGGGGCUGUUGAUUGGCUCUCUCCGUGCUGGGGAAUGAUGACCGGUCUGCUAAUUUCCCGCAGUUUUACUUCUGACACAAUGUCGCUUGUUGCUCCGACAUUAAUGCUACUGAUGAGGGUAGGGGGUAGGAGAUGGCUGCUCACCCCUGCAGCUACCCCAGGGCUGGUGUUACCCUUGACUUUCUGCCCACCACACAGCCAGUCUGUGUGGAGCGAGUUCCCCACCCUCGGGGUUUGGGGAGCUCCGUCUCCUUGCCGAGACGUUAAACCAAAGCUCCCUCUGCCCUUGAGACGUAACUGAUCACACAGCAGAUAUUCCAGCAAAGAGGGGCGUUCUCCCCUCGACCCGGUCUGUUCCCUGGCCACUUACACUGCCGAUCCGUCAUCGUCGCAGGGCUGACGUGGGAGCCAGACCGUGCUACUUGUCCGCGCGUUGCAACGCCCACACAGGCCGGUUCUGAGGUGGAGAGAUGCGCGGGUUCAUCCCACAGUCUCGAAACGUGAAGUGUGGCAAACUCUCAGCAGGCCGGGCUGCCUCUGCGGACGGCAGCCGGAGUUCACAUUCUGUACUCGGACCGGGAAUGAGAAUCCUUCCUUUCUCCCUUUCCCAGUCUCUGACCCGGAACAUUAACCCUAACCCUCCCCCCAGCCGCUGCCUGGCCUGCUGAGUGUUUCCAGCACUUUCUGAAUUUAUUUCUGAUCUCCUGCAUCUGUGGUUUCUGUGAUUUCAAUUGUUUACCACCAUUGCCCCCCCCCCCCCCACCCACCCACCCAAAAUCAGGAGAAGCCAAAGAAAUCUGGGAGUGGGGGUCCCCUGCUCUCGGCCGAGGUUUGCUGGGCAAAUCGCGAUCUCAGGAGGACGAUGUCUGUCGAACUGAGCUGUGAACCACAGCAAGAGCUAUGCUGCUGGUUCUGAGGGAGGGGCUGAGGGUCACCUCUGCCCAAAGGGGCCUGUUGCCGGUCUGAGCGCCAGUGCUGGCUAGCUCCUAUCCCAGAGUGAGUUUGGCAUCAGCCUCCUCCCGUCCCGUCACCGGAGAGCGGGUUACAGAGGGCGUCAGUGCUGCAGGGCUUUGGCAGCACAAAUCCACUUCCUUUACUGAACUGUUACUGAAAACCAGACCUGAGCCCGAUUUCCUCUCCCGCCGCUCCCCUCGGUACUUUGUGGGGAUGAAGCCCAGGAUUACAGGAGCUGUGUCGUCACAAGUGGCAGGCACGAUAUUGGGGCAGUGCAGGGUGAGCUGGUUCUCCCCUGCACACACCCAGGGGCUCCUCACUAGCCCCUCAUCCCAUCUGCCUUUCCCUCUCCUUGUCACUUCUGCCUACUCCCCCUCCCAUGUGGGUCCUGUCUGUCCCCCCUCCCCUGUCAGGGUCCUUGUCUCCCCUCUGUUCCCUCUCUAAUGGGACCCUGUCCCCCCACCUUUCCCAUUUCCCCACAGGACAUUGCCAUCUCUCCCCCACCUUCCCUGGUGGGGAUUCCUCCCCCCCCCCCCCACUAAUGGGUGCCCAGGAUCCCAGUUCCAAGUGCUUUGUUUUCAGCUUUCUCUGAAUAUGUUGAGUUGCUUUUGUUUUUCCAUUGUGAUGGAAAUUUCUGUAAAUGUAUCUCUGGCUUUAAGCGAUUUGCUGGACUGUUUUGCUGAGCAAAGAUCAAAGGCCUUUUGAA